AUGGAGGUGUUAUAUAUUUUCUUGGCGGCCAUUUUGUGUGCAACGCAAGCUCAAGUUAUACCAUUGACCUCACCAUGCCAGACCCAAGUCGUCACAACACAACCCGUAGUCGCAACCACUAUAAUAGACAACUCAGUAUCAAACGCCUUAGCAAAUGCUCUUCAACUACUAAUCGUCAGCAACCUAAUAGAAAAUACGAUGAAUUCUCCUUGUGGAUUUAAUACAUUGCAGGGUACGGUAGCACCGUUAUGUGAUACUAUUCCUUUCCAAGCUCCAUUGUAUUCACCAGCAAUCGAUGUCAUCACACCUGACUAUCUAUCUUAUCUACCUUUUGAUCCAGUAAUAUCACCAUGUGAUGUUGUCGCCCCUUAUGAACCAGUUAUUGAUAUAAUUCCAAAUGUUAUUUAUCCAGAAGUGAUUCCAAAUGGUUAUGGAUGCGGUUGUGAUAUUCCAUUCGUGCCCAAUUUUGGUUGUGGAAACAUUCCAAACAUUGGUUGCGGUUGUGGUUGCAAUAAUGGCUAUUCUAGUCUGGCGAAUAUUCUGCCAAAUAUUCUACCAGGGAUUGGCUUGCCAAAUAUAGGUUGUGGUUGUAACAAUUUUGGUUUUGAAGUUAACCCGUUUGGUCCGUUGUAUGCUUGUGACCAAUGUGGGCCGAUUGUACCUGAAGUAAUAUUUCCUGGAGUGGUUGCACCCCAAAUAGUAGAAGCACAGCUGGGCCCGAUCAGGCCAGGCACACUAAAAACUCCUGGUCCUAUAGAAAGCUCAAAAGAAAUAUUACCGACAUCUGCGUCAAACAGACCACAGUCGUUUGAACGAAUGGCCCCAAAAUGUUAUCCAGAAACCGCUAAAGCAUAUUUUUUACCUGCACCACCAGUAGCACCAAUUGUAACAAUUUUAGACACAAAUUCCAUGGACAUAGCUUCAAAUUUUAGAUCUAGUUUUAAAGAAAUAUCAUCAAGUCCGCCUGUAUCACCACAAUUGUCUAUAAAUCAGGUUGGUUUCGUACCUCCACCAAUACAGGUGUUGCCAGAUUUAAUAGAUGAAGUUCCCUUAUUAAUUCAAGAUCGGUUUAGUCGUUUGGCUGAAUCGGAGGAUGUUGGUACAGUAUGUGAUACUUGUGCGUUAGUUGCAAAGUUGCCAAUUUAUAAUUUUGACCAAGAGCUAUUGAACGGGUUUCUAGCUGGUCUUGGUUUGUAA